CCGACUUCCGUGUUCUUUCACUACUACCAUCAACCAACCGGCCGACGCGAGAGAGCCAGAAUGUCUCAUCAAACCGGCAUCCAAGCUACCGGGGAAGUGAAAGAAAUCUUUGCAAAGGCCCGGAACGGAGAAUAUCGGCUCAUCAAAGUAGUGAUUGAGAAUGAGAAGUUAGUUCUUGGAGGAAGCAAGCGAGCUGCUAAGAAAUGGGACCAGGAAUGGGACGGUUGCGUUCUACCCCUCGUGGAGGACGACAUGCCCUCAUACCUCCUCUACAGGCUGGACACCACCAACAACCAGGGCUAUGAAUGGGUCUUUCUAGCCUGGUCUCCGGAUCACUCGCCGGUUCGACAAAAGAUGUUAUAUGCUGCUACGAGGGCCACGCUGAAGAAAGAAUUUGGCGGCGGCCACAUUAAAGAGGAGAUUUUUGGCACAGUGAAGGACGACGUCUCUCUAAAUGGCUAUAAAAAGUACCUGAGCUCGCAGGCGGCGCCGCUGCCUUUGACUGCAGCAGAGGAGGAGCUGAGGCAGAUCAAACUCAAUGAGUUGCAGACAGACGUCCAUGUGGACACAAAGCAGCAGACUCUUCAGGGAGUGGCCUUCCCUAUGCAGAGAGAUGCUAUUCAGGCUCUGGAGCAGUUCAGGGACAAGAGGAUUAACUACGUUCAGCUGGAAAUAGAUUUUCCUAACGAAUCCAUUAAAUUAUCUGGUACGGCUCCAACGGAUCUGAAAGAUCUGCCUAAAAGGAUCCCAAAAGAUGCUGCUAGGUAUCACUUUUUCCUCUACAAACACUCUCAUGAAGGAGACUACCUUGAGUCUACAGUGUUCAUCUACUCUAUGCCUGGUUAUAAAUGCAGCAUCAAGGAGAGAAUGCUGUAUUCAAGCUGCAAGAACCCUCUCAUAGACACAGUGGAGAGAAACUUGGGCAUUGAAAUUGCCAAAAAGCUGGAAAUCGACAAUGGUGACGAACUAACCAGUGACUUUAUGUACGAAGAGGUUCACCCCAAACAACAUGCGCACAAGCAAGCUUUUGCCAAACCCAAGGGGCCAACGGGGAAAAGAGGAGGCCGUCGAAUCACACGGGCACCAGGGGACGGCGGCGACGACGAUUAAAACCCUCUUCCUAUUCCACGACUGACACUUAGUCUAAUGAAUCCCGUCCUCAAGCCAAUCCUAUUUUUACCUUGACUCAUGUAGACCACAGCGCUUUAGACUGAUCUAUGCACAAAGUACAACACUAAAGCCUGUGAAAUGACACUUUGUAGCUUGCAAUAUGAAACGCUAGGUUGAAGAAAACAGAUUGAUGUACACUAGAAUGUAUUUUAAGAAGCUCCUGGUAAUAGUUUUGUUUUUACGCUAUUACGCUGUUUACCUGCAUAUUAGCCAAUAGAGUGCAAUACGGAUGGAGAUCCUCCAUUUAGUGCUUAUAUUUUCCACAAGAUAAUCUUCAAAAAUGAAACGCGUGUAAUCUAGUCCAGGUGCAAACCGCACUUUCAGUGGUAGAUUUACAUUUUAGCAUUAAUAUUUGUCUGGGAAAUUGGUUUUAGUGGGAUUUGUGUUUGGAGAACAUGGACAGAAGGGUUAAAUCUUUCCUUGUGUUGAAGGUCAGAUAUGUUUUAUAAGGCAUUAUUAAUCAACUUUGUGAUUGAUUCCGGGUAAAAAAAAAAUAAAAAUAAAUUAAAGGGACGGUUCAUCCAAAAAUUAAGGGUUUGUGACUUGCUCUUCAUUUGUUUAAUAGGUAAUGGUUACUAAAAUUAUUCAAAAUAUCACGUUAAUAAAUAAAUAAAUAUAUAUAUAU